AUGCCCGACUGCGCAUGGAGAAGCGUCUUACGCGAAUAUCAUAGCCUCACCGCAAGCGUAGUUAGCAGUGUAGUAACAUCGCGGUGCACAGAAGCCAACAUGUCACAUCCCUCGUCUGAAUCUCCGCGGGUAAGGCACGGUGGUUGGAAGGGUAGUUGGAAGGGCCUUUUAGAACAAAAACACUGUAAGAGCGUCCCCACGGUUAGAAUCAAAUAA